AAGAAAGAGCCACAGAAAAAUGAGAAAAAGAGAAAGUCAGAGAUUUUGGCACUGGAAGAUGAUCCCAAAAAAGGUCGAGUCAGUGAACAGCAGAACAAUGACAGAAAGAGAAAGGUUGAGGAUGAAGAUUCGAAACCACUAAGGCCACUUGACAGUAAGGAGAUGCUCAUGGAGAGAACUGAGACUAUGAGUAGCCUUUCAGCUCUGGCUUCCCCUCAAUCAUGCCGUCGUAAACUCUUUUCUCCGGAGUCAAUGCCAUCACCACCGAGUACUGCUUCGUCUGAUCUGACUAACACGACCGACAAGAGCCUGAAGGAUGGGAAGGGAGAACGGGUAUCUCGUGCCAAAAAUCUUACUGAGGAAGAGAAGAGCAAAAUAGCAGCAAUGCAAAAGCCUAGCGACAUGGACUACAAAGAACGAAAACGGCAAUAUGCAGCUCUGAGAAGGGCUAUAGUGAAAGAGGCAGCUCCAGAGUUGGUAGCUAAAUUUUCGCUCGCAACCGACAAAGAACGGUUUGGAAUGCUCAAGGCUUGGUGUCAGAACCAGGAUCUGGGUAGCAUCGAAGUGGAAGAAAAAUACAAAACAUGGGUGCAGAAUUUGAGAACGGACCGCUAUGUAACGGUCACAAUCCUGCAGCUGGAGAAAAUGUUUGGCAAAAGCUCCGAAAGCAAGGAUUUUAUCGCUGAACUCAUCAAAGGCCAGGUUGGAGUGCCCCACCCACAGGCACCAAAUGUCAAGAAGGCCAAGAUGUAUAAAGUCCUCAAGGAAGUGAUUGAAGACACUUCUGUGGGAUCCCAGUCUACCAACACUGUAUCCUUGGCGGGACGUGUCAAGGAUGCAAGUGCGAAGCAACUUCUUGCAAAACAGCUUGGGGGGUUGAAUGGAGAGGUGUCCCUGAUGAACCAGACUACAGGGACAAUCAAGAGCAAAAAGCCAAAGAAGGAAAAAUCACCUGAGGAAGAAAGCCUCGCUGACAUGAAGAAACUAUCCAAAAAGUGGAAAACGCUUUUCGAGAACCUUGAGACCUGCAUCAACGAGUUAUCAUCAGUGCGGAAUUCCUCGGAACUGGUGGCCGCCUUGAAAUCUUGGCACCCAACUGCUGAAGAUGCAAUUGAACGUGUUGUUGCCUUGGCGGGCAAGCCCGUUUCCGAAAUUAAUCUGGCGGAUUUCUCUGACCAGCUGACUAACGAAAAGAAGAUCGCUGCUCAGAUUGAAACAGAUGUCAAAGACGCAAAGCGUCGAAUCAAUGCUGCAAAAGGCCCAACGGCCAAAAGGAAAGCGCAGAAACCUGCUACCAACAAUUCGGAAGAUGAUGCUGAUGCUGAUGCUGAUGAAUCAGAGUAG